AUGGCAGAAGCAGCUGGACUUACACUUGGUGCUCUCGGCAUCGCUGCACUCUUCAACAACGCCCUUGAAUGCUUUCAGUACGUUCGUGUAGCCAAAGACUUUGGCCAAGACUUCGAGACAUACCGGAUCAGGCUCCAUUUAUCUGAGAUUCGGCUCUCUCAUUGGGGCAGUGUCGUCGGUAUUACAGACACGGACGCUGAAACCCCUCUCCGUUUCUCUCCGGACGAGCAAGAAGUUGCGCAACGGGUGCUUGAGCAUAUCGUCAAGCUGUUCCAAGCAACAGAGGUGAAAGCCAAAGAUUUUGAGAGAAGAGCAUCAGAGCCCGAAACUAGCGAUCGUAUGAGGAAGCUGUGUGAUAAGAUGAAUAAGCUGGCUUUGGGCAGAAUGAACAAAGCAUCCAAGGUGAAGGACGGUCUGUACGCGAAGACGAAAUGGGCGCUGUUCUCUCGUGAAGGUCUCAUCAAGCUCGUUGAGUCUGUUUCCAGCCUAGUCAACGAGCUCAUAGCCGCUUUUCCAGAUGAUAUAAAGAAGAAUAGGAAGCAAUUGUGUGACGAAGACGUGGAGGAGCUUGUUGCGAAUGAACCAGAACUCUCAACCUUGUUGAAGGACGCUUUAGGCGAGGAUGAUGAACAGAUGAAAGGCGCAUUGCAAAAGGCUGUUGCUGCGACACAUCAAAAUACCACUACGUUCUCUGGUUCUGGUGAGAACAAAGGGCUGCAACUAGGUCAGAAUUAUGGUACGAUGACGAACACCUUUGGUAGUUAA